GAAGGAGAGAUAGAGAGAGAGAGAGAGAGAGAGGCUGGGAGUCUCAGUGAUAGAGAACGCGCACGCAAGAGAGAGAGAGAGCAACUGUGUGACAGAGGGAAAGAGAAUGAGGCAGGCUGCUUAGAGGAGUGAGAGAGCCAAGGAAGAAAUAAGGAACACAUUUUACAAGAGCAGGAAGAGGGAGGAUCGCAGACGAGGGACUCCUUCUUUACUGGGCACCUGGGACACAGUCACUGUGGGUUUUUUUUUUCACUCGUCUUCUAGCUGGAAUCAAGUGGAUUGACUAACCAACCGGUGGAUUUUUUUAAUAUACGUUUGUGCCACAUCAUUUAGAAACUAGGAUAAUUUCUCUUGCUGGCUCGACCGCUACAGACUGAGAUUGCUUUCUGUGCCUGUGCCUGUGCUCAGCUCUCGUGUUGUGAUUCUGCUCCGUGCACAAAGUGCAUCUGUCGGCAACCGGUGCUGAGGAUAUCUCCCCUCUGUCAAACAGGACAGCACGCAGCCACCGUUGGAUCAGACUACAGAGGAGAGAGAGAGGGAGAGUGCGUGUAUAUGUAAGAGAGGGAAAGAGAGCGAGAGAGAGAGAGAGAGGCAGUGAGAGAGUGUCAGAUUCACAGUGUGUUUGAGAGAGAGGCAGAUUAAAGCCCAGGCGAAAGACUGGAGUGAAACAGCUUAAAUAGAGAAGUGAACCUAUACGUCCUCUCCCGUUUUCCUUGCCAUCCCUUUCCUCCUCCUCUCCUCCUCCUCUUCCUCUCCCAUUUUCCAACAUUUACAGGACUGCCAGAGCUACUGCCACCUGCACCUCUUCACGUCUUCUCUUUCCUCUUCUUCCUCUACCUCACCCUUAUCACGCGUUACUAUCCGAUACCAGCUGCUGACAGACACGCUGCUCUUGGUUCUAGCACUUGUGGAAAUAUUUCCAUUGAUCCACCAGUGAGAGACUGAGUGAGCAUCCGCCCGAUACUGAGGCUCCGGACCGGUGAGGCAACCGUUCAUUAGGAGCUUCUCCAUCAGAGGCAGACCUUCUCCCAGCUGCUGUCCGGCACGCAGACCCUGCCUUCUCCCUGGAGGACUGGCUAACGACACAGUGUGAGGACAGUAAAGACAGGAAUUGCACAGCCCCUCCGCUGCCUCUAUCCCAUUGCUAGCUUCUUGGCAGCUCCCACCCCCGUGUCACCAUUCCCUGCCUCAGUGCUAAGGAUUCCAGCUACAUGGGCAAGCGAUUGGAGCAGCAGCCAAUGUACCCUCAGUACACCUACUACUACCCCCACUAUCUCCAGACCAAGCCCUAUGCUCCACCCCCUCAUCCAAUGGCUCCUCCCAGCCCUAGCACCAACAGUUGCAGCCAGGGAGGGGCGGAGCAGCUGAGUAAGACCAACCUGUAUAUCCGAGGCCUGCCACCUGGGACCACUGACCAGGACCUCAUCAAACUCUGCCAACCGUAUGGAAAAAUAGUGUCAACCAAGGCCAUUCUGGAUAAGAACACCAACCAGUGCAAAGGCUAUGGCUUUGUGGAUUUUGACAGCCCAGCUGCAGCACAGAAGGCCGUGUCUUCUCUCAAAGCCACUGGGGUGCAGGCCCAAAUGGCCAAGCAACAAGAGCAAGACCCCACCAACCUGUACAUCUCCAACCUGCCAGUUUCUAUGGAUGAGCAGGAGCUGGAGAACAUGCUGAAACCCCUGGGCCACGUCAUCUCCACAAGGAUAUUGAGGGAUGCCAACGGGGUCAGCAGAGGAGUUGGUUUUGCCAGGAUGGAGUCCACAGAGAAGUGUGAAGUAGUGAUACAGCAUUUCAAUGGGAAAUACCUGAAAACCCCGCCAGGCAUUCCAGCCCCCACGGAGCCUUUGCUGUGCAAAUUUGCCGACGGAGGGCAGAAGAAACGCCAGAGCCAGAGCAAGUACCCUCAGAACGGGAGGCCGUGGCACAGAGAAGGCGAGACUGGCAUGGCGUUAACAUACGACCCCGCUGCAAUGCAGAAUGGGUUCUACUCCUCGCCUUACAUCGCCACCAACCGCAUGAUCGCACAGACCUCCAUCACGCCCUUCAUCGCUGCUUCCCCUGUUUCCACAUAUCAGGUCCAGAGUACGUCAUGGAUGCCUCAUCAACAAUAUGUUAUGCAACCUACAGGUGCAGUGAUCACGCCAGCCAUGGACCACACUAUGUCCAUGCAGCCUGCCAGCAUGAUGGGCCCUCUCACCCAGCAGAUGAACCAUCUGUCCCUGGGCACUACAGGAAGUUACAUGACUGCUGCAGCCGCCGCGGCGCCUAUGCAAGGGACCUACAUUCCCCAGUACACUCCUGUGCCUCCAACAGCCGUCCCUGUCGAAGGAGUGGUGACGGACGCCUCCCCCCAGACAGUGGCUCCCUCAUCACAGGAGGUGGCUGGCCAGCAGCAACAGAUCCAGGUGGACAGUGCUGCCGACCAUGUUCCUGCUUACUCAUACCAGUCCAAAUAGCAACGGCCUGAGCGAAUGUUCCUGUGACAGCGUUGCCUUGAGACAGAAGGUGGCUGCACUGUGAAUGUGAGGAAAAGAGAAACAGAAAGAGAUUGCUUCCAGAUUGCCCAGGCACCAAAAAAGAGACACUUUUUUCAUUUCCUACCUGGCCUACAAAAAAAAAAACAAAAAAGAAACGCAAGAAGGAGGCAAAGAGUGCUGAGGAAGGGGAUGGGAAAAUUGCUGGGCACAGUGCAAAGAAGUGAAAUUGUUUAGUCUGGGAACCUGCCUGAAGGGCUGGGCUGAAGCUUGAAAAGUUUCUCAAAGAAAAUUAUCAACCAAUUUAAAAAAGAGGAAAAAAAGGAAAAAAAUCUAAUUAAAAAAUGACAAAAAAAAAGGUUGAAUGCGCAGGUAGGUGAUGAAGUUUAUUUUGUAAUUAGGAAAGGGGAGUCAAGUUUGAGAUACACACAGAGAUUGUCUUCCUCAGAUAUUAAGCUACAAUUUCUUUUCACUCUUUUUUAUGUUCUAGUGUUAAAUUUUAGUUUUCUAGAUAUAUUCAAAAACAAAGUGUUUUUUCUUUCUUGAAUCUUCAUGGCCUUAAUUUGAAGGGCGCCAGAAACUUUUUACAGAGUUCAACUCUGACGUCUGGUUAGGGACAAAAAAAAAAAAAAAAAAAAAAAAAAAAAAAAAAGCAAACAAAAUCAGUCUCUUGGACCACUUGGAGGGUACAAGACACUGGGUGAGUUGUUCUAAAGAGGAAAAAAGAAUCUAUCACAUAAGCUGUACAGAUUUAAUAGAGAAGAGCUUUUUUUCUUUUCUUCAUUAGAAGAAAACUUUGAUAAUUAUUAUGUCAGAGGUAACUAAGUGUCAGAAGAAAACAAAAUGUCUGUUGGGGGAAAAAGACUCAUGGGGGGGAGAUGAAGCUCUGAAGAGAUUUUUCACAAUGAGGAAAAAAUGAAAACAUAAGAAAACAUGCUGCAUUGUGGAUGCAGUCUGUUGCAAAUGCUGAACUUGUUUUUAUUAUCAUAAUUAUUAUUUUACAUGGCAAAGUUGCUGUCAAUGACAUUAGUGCUUUUUAUCUGCCACAUUUUACCUUUUUUAUGAGCUUUAAGAUGUUUUUAGCCCGCUUUGCUUGUCACACUGCAAAAAAUAAAAUAAAAAAACGAGAAGAAAAAAAUUAUAAAACGAACAAAAAAAACCUACAGAAAAAUUCUGGCAGUGAAAUAAAAACAGUAGAUUCAGUAGGAGCUUACGGUUUAAACCAAUCAGUGCAAAAGCAAUAGAAGAAAUUGUUGACAAUUUCUGUAGUCUUUCCUAGUUGUGGAUCAAAUGCAGCCCAUGGAUGGCCAUUUUUAUACCAAAGAUGAAGAGACACUCUGAACCAGAGUUUUGUUUUUUCUGUUUUGUUUUGUUUUUCCUUUUCAUUUUUCAGUUUGAUUUUGUUGUUGUUGAUGUUGAUGUUGUUGUUGAUGUUAAUGUUGAUAUUGUUGUUGUUGUUGUUGCUGUUGUCGUUGUUUUUUAUUUGACCUUGAUGGCCGGACCAGUCCUUACUAUCUUUCUUAACAUCUUCUUUUCACCGGGUUUAAGCUAAUUUUUCCACAGUUGUCCAAGCUGUCACCAACGCGCGCACACACAGACACAGACACACACACAUACACACAUAUACACACAGAGUAUGUACACACACAUGCACACACUUACACACUCACACACACCCAUCAAACAGUAUUUAAAUGUGUGAUGCAGCCGGUGGCAGCCCUACCAAAAGUCCUUUUCCUUCACUUCCUCUUCUUGUCUUUUCAUUUCUUUAUAUGUCUCAUCACCUUGACGAUGCUUUCACAUGCUGUGGGUGCAUUCCACCUCUCUCUCUCUCUCUCUCUCUCUCUCUUUCUUUCUCUCUUUCUUUCUCUCUUUCUCUCUCUCUCUCUCUUUCUCUCUCUCAGAUCCUGCAGGGAAAACUUUAGGAAACAGAUUUGUGGAACGUUGCUUGCUACGCUCCAUGGUCGUCAAAGCAUUGCUUCCAGCUUUGUCCUCGUAGUGAUUUCUGUCCUCAGUCUCCUUAUCUCUUUGACUCAGCCAUAACUAACUCAACCAUUUCUCAAAAUACCGAGCUUACAGAACUGGGAAUCUCCAUGCUGCUGUUUGACCUCAUUUUAAUCUCUGUCAUGUAGGCAUCACCAAACCUAGGACACAUUUUUGAGUAUUUAUCUGCUCAGAUUGCCAGAUGAGUGGUGUUUGCUGCAUGCUGUACAUCAGGUAAUUUGUUAAUCACAAACAAAACUCAACAAAACUGGCUUCAGUCUUCAGUAAUGAUUGCAUAAACUUUAUGGCACUAAUGGCACUGGCCUAAUGUAUGUAGCAGCCAGAGAAUAUUAAAUCAACUCUUUUAGAAACUAGUAGAAGUGCUUAAAGGAAUAGUUUGAUAUUUUGAGAAAUAUGCCUAUUCACUUUCUUCCCAAGAGUUACAUGAGAAGAUGCAUGUCGUGCUCAUGUCUGCAUGAGCUGCUGGUUAGCCUAGCUUAGCACAAAGACUGGACACUAGGGGAAAAAGCCAGGCUGGCUCUGUACAACUUUUUAAGAAAAUCACCCUCUAGCACCUCUAUGGCUCACUAAUUAACAUGUUAUGCUGGUUGAAUCCAUACAAAAACCAGUGAAAAAAAUGACACAGUUUUGUUUUAUGGGGAGUUAUGUGCUGGACUAUGCUUUGAUGUCCUAGAGUCUUGUUGUGUUUGUGCAGUUGACCAGCAGAGAGUGAUUAAAGUUAUUGUGAAAAAUGUCACACUAUUCCUUCAGCUGAAACAGACUCCACAUCUGUAAACCAGGAAACCUUUCUUUAUAAGAUCCUGUUUGCAUUGUACAACUGCCAUCACUCUGUGCCACUAACAAGGCACAGAAGAAGUGUGUUUAAAGGCUAGAAAGGGAUCGUCUGUCUUGAACCCCUGAUCAUUUGCCCAGUGCAAGCUGGGGAGGUCAGCACACCUGUGGGAACUAACUAGGCUCCUCACCAGCCAUAACAAGAUGUUGAUGGCUGCUCCCUCCGCGACCCCACCACUGAGUGUCAGUUGUACCCCUGGUUGUCCCAAUUUGUUGCACAAACAACCUCCGACUCAUCUCAUCCGGUCUUUCCAUCUCAGGGCUGCGUGAGGUUUUCAAUGACUUCAUCUCUGAGGAUUGCCCCUGAAGAAAUUGCCUGUGGGACAGCAGCCAUUUCUGCCCCCAUUACAGCAGCCUGUGUGUGUCAGGAGCACUGUGUGUCUGCUCUUUUCGCUCAUGCCUGCUCAGCUCUGCCCUGACCGUGGUGCUCCAGCACUAAAAAGACCCCGUUUUUUCCCUGCUUCAUUGGCACCAUUAAUGUGCCAUGGCCAAGCCGGGCUCCUUUGCUCUCAUUUUCCCUCGCUGUCAUUCUCUCCCUCGUCCCGCUCUCUCUCACGCACGCUCUCUCUUAGGUUUCUUCUCUUUAUUGGAUGGUGCAGAAGCAGAACCACAAACCAAUUUCAGUCACUCUCGCAAUGAGGCUUGACGGGCCCAAUUUGUCUCCCUCUGGGGCAAUAGGAUCCACUCCAGUGUCCCUCAAAAGACCCUUUUCUUCCAAACAGAGAAGGAGCUUUUUGUUUGGUGACAAUUGCAAUUGAGCUUUUGCAGCUAAUGUGACUCAUUCAAAUCGAAGUCCAGUGGCUGCAUUUUGGGACAAGAUGGCGCGUUGUGCAUAUUACAGGCAAGCUAUGUUGUCAUGCGAGGCGACAUUUGUAACUAACAAUCAAGUUGUACAUCGAGUGCCUUUUAACAAAGCUUCCAAAUGAUUCCAAAUUAUCAGUGUGAUAGUUAAAAAAGCAAAGCACAUGGGAGAGCUUGUUAAAGGAUGUGUGCUAAAGAAAUGCGACACAGUAUCGAAGCUACUCUAUGGUGCUAAAGAGGAAGCUGUCUCGGGCUUGUGCCUUCAUUGUGUCCACUGAUCUGUGUGACGUGUUGGCCACUGUUGAUCAUUUGGCCAUAAACAUGUGACUCACUCACUUCACAGGCCACCUGUCCACUUGACGACACACAAAAGAAACAAGAACGCAGGCUCCUGUUGUGGACUACACCUUUAAAUCCAUACAUGCAUUUAUUUUAUUUUCUAUUCAAAAUACCUGCUCUACGUUCUCAUCUUCCAUCCGCCAGCCGAGGUCAAAAGCCAAAUGUGUCAUUCAGACGUGUCUCAGCGAGUAUUCAGCCAUUUACCGUCCCAUCAAAUCAACACCUGCCCUUUUUCCUUUCAUCUGAUCUGCCACUCAACAUCUGCUUUCACUCGCCUCGAGGCUAUGAUUUGCUCUUAUCUCCCAAUGAAUAAGCCUCUGCCACAUUACAGUUCUUUAACAGCUAACAGCUGACAAAUGUUGGGUUUUAGAGCUCCCUGGACGUGCCCACACUGCUCAUCUGUUCGUCAUUGCUGCAUGGACUCACUCCUUCUGAAUCAUGUUUAAGUGUCCUGAUGAAACGACAGAGCUGCUACACUAUAACUCAACCAGUUUUAAGCUAGUAUGUGUGUGCGUGUCUGUGUGCGUGUGUGAGGAGUUGUUCUACAUAACUUUUAGUAAGGUUAUGAAUACAGCAUAGCUAUAGCCAAGUCGAGUUCUCUAGACUUUUACAGCUGCUGUUUUAUAGAGUACAGAAGCUUAAUAGGACUCAUAAUGCAGGAGUUGCACAUCAGAGAGCAGAGCGUCCUACAAAUGGCCUGAGUUUCAAUAGUAAUGGCAUUACGGGAAAUAGGAUUACAAAUAGUCAAGAGAUUACGGAGAGAAUGCACAACAAAGAAUAUCAGCUCUAUUUUGCUAAUGGAGAUUUAAAGAAAGAAAAAGAUGUUAAGGCAGGUGUUUGCUUUUGGUGCACGGUACUAAUAUUUCACAGAGAUCUGAGAGAUUACCUGACUGAACAAAUAGAAAUGGCUUUUUUCUUAAUAGCACAAUGGCAUAAAGUACCUUUUCAGAAUACCAAUACCUUGGUGGAAGUGUACAGGAGGCGUGCCUGCAAUUUUAAGGAGGCUGUAGCAGAAACGCUCAGCUCCCAGUCAGCCCAUGUGUCAGCACAAACCAGAAGCCAGCUAUGCCAAGAGAGAAAGUGUGUGUGUGACUGUGUGAGCAAGAGAGAGGGAGAGAGAAAAAGAAAGAAAAAGAAAAGGGGGAUCAUUAGCUCAUGUUGCCAGGCAGAAGUGGUCAUAGCCUGGAGUUUCUCUGUCUUCAUGUAGCAGAAUGUCCCCGGUGCAGAAUUGCAGGAGGUGACCAGCUUGACCCCUCUCUAAUUAGCAACACACACACUUCCUGUCUUUGCACCAUCAUACCCAGACAGAUUCUUUCUCUUCUUCUCUACACAGUCACUCACCAUUUUCCCCCUCUUCCAUUCUUACGUUCUGUAUUUAACAUACGUCACUACGUCCACUCAAAGUCCACAUUAUCAUCCUUUUCAUGUUGAAGUGAAAGACUCCAAUCUGCUGCUCUCUCAUUGUCUUAUUGGCCAGAGAUCCAGGGGCCCAGUUCACCUCAUUUCCAACAUGAAAGCUACAAUUUGCAACAUGAGAGCAUGUCCUCUCACGUCCAGGACUUUAGUUUAUCUGCAAUUUGCAGAUACUCAUUUCAGAAACAUGAUGCUGAAACACUAGCUGCAGUAGGCGUGUUAGCACUGCUUGUGUGUGCUGGGUUGCAGGUUAAUUUGCUGCUGUCUCACUGAGAAGAGACAGCAGGUUGGAGGGAUAAUGUUCUCAUUGGCAUAUCAUUCAUAUCGCUGAGUGUACCUUGGCUCUACUGGUGCUCCAACACUCUUCAUAGUCUGCAUACUGUGUCAGGAUGAUCCUGUUUGCUGCCAAAGUUCCAGAAAGGCUUGAAAAGUUUAUGCAAUCAUAUUUUAGGUUUUAUUAGCAUUUAAAAUGCAGUUCUAAGCAUAAAUUUGUGCUCAAAAAUGUACCUGAAAAUAUUACAAUGCAGUAAAUCUCACUCAUCUGGUGCCCCAAGAAAGUCAAAUCAAAUACUUUGAAUUGUUUUCGACCACUGUUUGAUGCAGGGAGGAGGAAGGAUGCAGUAGAUUUCUUUCCCCAUCGAUUCUCUUUGGAAAACUCACACACUCUCUACAAGGUGAAUCUGAUUCUCUGCGAGUUUACCUACUCUCAGAUAACAAAUAAAUACAGAUUUUUAGAUUUUACCUACACCCUGGUUUUCUCCAGUGUCAGUCUUUCAAGGUGAGGUGCUUUCACUGCCUUUUUGAAGAAGAAAAAACAGUCCGUCCCUUACUCACAGUUUCUCACAGUCACUGCCACCAUCUAAAUCUGACAUGAUUCAGAAAGUCAUUAAAGUAGUGUGGCCUCCACACUGUCACAGGAGUAAACUCAUUAGAUGUAAUACACGUCAUACUCAGUUGUUGCGAGGCUCUUGCAGAUUCACCCUUUGUGAACAGAGUUGUAGCCAUUCCACAUUGAUUCUUGUGUGUUAGGAAAAUAGUAGUUCAGAGUUACUCUCACAUCCUGUCUCUCACAGCAGAGUGUAAAGGAGAACCGAUGGCUCAAUAACUCAUCACAGACCAGCACACACACACACACACACACACACACAUACACACACACACACUUACACUCACACUCUCCACACACAUAAUGCAGUGGGAAAAUUGCUCAAACUACCCCCCACAAGAGCGAGGCCCUGUGCUUUUUAAUUGAUGCUUCGGUCCACCUUUGAUGAGAGCUAUCGAUUGGCCACACAACCCCAGGAGCGCAGCCAGCCAGCCAGCCAGCCAGCACACCCCUCAUGGAGUUCAAAUAGCUCCCUGAGAAAUACCAAAUCCAACAAUCACUAGGAAAUGGCCGACCAAAUUGUUUAGAGAUAGCCAGCACAGAAAGUGUGUUAGGCAUGGGACUCAUUUACCAGAUAAAAAGAAGAACUAUUUAUUAGGACAGCAGAGCGGUUUUUAAUUUGUUUUUUUUCUUCUUUUUGUUAGUUUUUCUCUUUCUGUUUCUUUUUCACUUUUUCUUUGUUUCAGCGCCGAGGAGGACAUGGUCACGCCUCGCACACGCUGCUCAGUGUGUGUGAUCUUUGAGAAACUAUCUGUACAUCUGUGGAUGUUAGGAUUUGACUUGGGUUUUAUGAGUUGUUUUUUUUCUCUCUGAUGAAGCUUUCAAUAAAAAAAUGUGGAAAAAAGCA